CUACAAACCGGUUAAGGUCCUUCGCCGUCGUAGCCGUGAAGAUUACAGUUCACUGGAUCGACCUGUAAUCGAGAGAGAGAGAGAGAGAGAUUGAUUCUUCAUCACAGCUUAUGCAGUCGUUACAGCAGCUCCAACUUCUCCAGAACCCUACCGAGGCGGCGAACAGUCAGUCUGAACUGGAGGCGCCGCCGAAGCAGGUGGCUCAGGCCAUGGAGCGACUCAACCAAGCGGCUCGAGUAAUCGCCGAUAUUCGCCUCGGCGCAGACCGUGUCUUCGAAGCCUUUUUCCUAACCUCUCAUCCUCGCACCAGCACCACCGAUACGUCUCUUCAGCUCUUACUCAAAGAAGACGCAUCCAUGCGCCAACACCUUCACGAUCUCCGUUCAAUUGGGAAGAAGUUGGAAGAGUCUGGGGUUCUCACUGAGUCUCUCAGGUCGAGGAGUAACUCGUGGGGUCUUCACAUGCCGCUGGUUUGUCCAGAUGGUGCGGUCGUUGCAUAUGCUUGGAAGAGGCAGCUUGCUGGCCAAGCUGGUGCUUCUGCUGUUGAUAGAACUAGGUUAGCUCUCAAGGCUUUUACGGAUCAAAAGAGGCGUUUCUUUCCUCACAUUGACGAUGGAGUAAAGAUGGAAUCAAGAUCAAAGAAACAUCGUGCAUCCCAUUCACUAUUAGAACAUGGAGGAGAGGAGCCGUUUGAUUGCAAAACAUUGCCUGAUAUACAAUCGCGUUUAGAGAAGCUGGUUCCGAAUGUGAAGGUGUCUACUUAUGGACGGUUGAGCUGGCUCAAAAGAGCUAAUUCUUUACCUGGAUCAGGCAGUGAUGAUGAUCCUCCAGAAGCAUCGAAACUUGUUUUUCAGAGUUCUAGUAAGCUGAGAUCAGGGUUAGAGGCUGAAGUCGCUGAUAAAGUUGCUGUAAUUGAGUUGUAUGUUCCAUCCGUGUUCAGAGCUGUGGUCUCGUUGAAUCCAGCUGGUUCUGUUGAUCCAGAUUCUGUUGCAUUCUUCUCUCCUGAUGAGGGAGGAAGCUACUUAUAUUCGAGAGGCUUCUCGGCUCAUCAUGUGUACAAACACAUCACGGAACAUGCUUCUACGGUCUUGCAAUAUUUCCUCGGUUUUGGUACCGGAACCGCUCUGUACUCUCUUCUGCUAUGGAUAUGCAGUUUUGAAUCCUUAUUUAGUAAACCAUGCAGUAAAUGUGGAAGGCUAUUAGCGAUGGAUAAAAAGUCUGCUUUAAUCCUACCUCCUCUACACCGAGCUUACCAAGAAUUGCCUCUUGCAGCCAACCUCGAUGUUUGUGAAGCUUACCACGGCGGUUGCUCUCCAGAUGAUUCCUAAUGAUCAGUUAGAAGGUUAGAGAGCUUGCUACUUAGAACAUUUUAUAUGGAUCUAUAAUCUCUGGUUUGUGUCCCAUGUUGAGGUUAAAUUUUACAUUACAGCAGUUUCUUUCUUUGUUUCUCUUCUCGGUUAAGAGACAUAGAGGCAAGUGACAAGUGAUGGUACAUGUGACUGUUGUCUAUUUUGUAGAUAUUUGAUCUGUCACGAGAUGACUGACCAAAGACUUAUUUUACUCGGUUCACAUUCA